AGAGGCAGGACGAAGGUCUUGUUCAGCAAGGUGGACUUCACGUGUCCACAAGGCGCCUACUUCGAUGCCGCAGCUCAAAUGUGUAAGACCCGUAAUAGCGCAGAGCCGUGCUUAGAUACCGUGCCAAAAACAUCAAAAACAAAGCUGCAGCCUUACGUCAAACUUGUGCAACUCGACGGUGACAUUCUUCACGCGAAUGCGAGCGCUUUCUCCUGCGUCAAUCGCACCAGCGGUUAUUUUCGGUUCCCAACGGACGGUCACUGCGGGACGUUCCACGUGUGCAAACUGUUUGUGGGACCCAGAGGGGACAUUCACCUACUCUACAUCGCUGCACAAUGCCCGUCGAGUAGCUGUUUCGAUGUCGGCACGAGGAAGUGUGUGAAAGGUACGCCUACGAGUACGUUAGCAGCCUUCGCAGCUUCAAGUACCCCCGCAAGAUUAGAGGAGCUUCAGGUUAUUGGAAGACCGCAACACUUCACGUGCGAAGGCAAAGCUCCCGGAUUUUAUGGAGAUCCUCGGUUUAACUGUCGAGUGUACCAUAUCUGCAGAACGUUCGCGAUACACUACGUGAAGAUGUGUCCCAGGGGUACCGUAUUCUCGCAGCGCAGGAAGGUGUGCGUGCUGCCUGCAGUUGCUGGUCCAUGCACGUCGGAGCUGCAAGACGAUGUUGCCUACAGCCAACCCGUCACCUCGAACUUCUCCUGCUACGGCAAAUUUUUCGGGCAUUACACAGACACUAACUGCGCGGCUUAUCACAUAUGUGGCCUCGCGGGAUCUUCCACCUUCUUUUGCCCUCCGGGAACGGAGUUCAGGCACACAACUCUGGCAUGCAUGCCCGCACGAGGCGUAGACUACUGCAAGAGGAUUUCUGGAAUACCGGCGCUAACUCUGGAUUUCGUUGCCGAUCACGUCGCUGAAGAGAUUCGGGGCGCAGUCCUAUCGAAUGGCACCUUGGCUGCUUCCAAGGGAAGCCUAACGACACCAAGUACUAGAGGGCACGACAUGGAAUCCAGCUACGGAAAAUACAAGACGUCCAACUUGGACCACUUAUCUUCCAACAGCAUUACAAAUGAACCAUUGGAAUCCCUCUUCGAAAUUACUACGUCAUCGGCUGUCACAGAUGAAAGCAUUCAGCUUGUUGCCGAUACCGAAUCUCACGUCAUGGACCUGUUGCAAAUAAUUGCAUCCCAAAAAGCAAGUCGCCCAGAGGACCGCAUUCCUUCCGGUGCAAGCAUGCAAGACGUGAUCGAAGCCCGCGAGGCACUGAGAACUCUCUUCUUCCGCAUACUCGCUCAGUCUGAAAACUGAGGAUGAGCGUGCUUCUCUAUAGUCAAGUUAAAGGUUUUUGUUUCACCUGCUUAUGGUCAGGUGACGCAGGUUCCUUCCUAUGUGUGACAAUUUUCUCAAGAAAAAAAUAUGCUAGUACAUCUAUACUCGAGCGUGGUGUACUAUAUACUAGAUGUUACUAGAUACAGCGAAUAAAUAAA